AUGAACGCGCCAGACAGAUUCGAACUCUUUCUGCUGCCUGAGGGAGAAGCCAAACUCAAAGUCGACCCAGAUACCAAGGCUCCAAACGCAGUAAUUGUCACGUUUGAAAAAGAAGACCACACACUGGCAAAUCUGAUACGGGGUGAGCUACUGGAAGACCAGAAAGUGCUGUUUGCUGCAUACAAAGUAGAGCAUCCUUUGUUUGCGCAGUUCAAAAUGAGAAUUCAAACUGUAGAGGGCUACGACCCCAAAGAGGCUCUGAAGAACGCGUGCAACGGGAUCAUCUCGAAACUGGGCCAGCUGCAGUCGAACUUUGAAACAGAAUGGAACCUCCAAACGCUGGCGUCGGAAGACAACUACGCGAUGUAG